AAAUAAUUGAUGGAUUAAAAUAAAAACAUUCCAGAAGAGAGGUAUAAAUUAGAGAUCUUCGUAAAAGCCAAGAAUCUGAAAGACAUGGAUACUUUCUCAAAAAGUGAUCCAUUUUGUAGGCUUUUACAUACAGUAUAAGGUGAGAAGGAAAAAAGCGAAGGAGACACAGAGUUUAUAAAGAAUAACUUAAGUCCUACUUGGGACAAGAGCUUUAUAAUAGAUUAUAUAUUUGAAUUGAAUCAAAAGUUGGUGUUUUAGGUAUGGGAUAAGAAUUAAUCUGCUGGAUCUUAAGAUUAAUUGAUGGGAUAAGUUGAGACAACAGUAGCAGAUAUUGUAGGAGCAAAAGACAUGAAGUGUGAAUUGGAUUUAAAAAAUUAGAAAGGAAAAACAGUUGGUACUUUGGUUGUAAAUAUUGAUAAAUAGCCAGAAGAUAAUCAAUUUUUAUAAUUGAGUUGGAUAGGAAAAGAUUUGAUGAAGUAAGAAGAUAAAUAUUAUUAUAAUAGUACAGAUGGUUUCUUUGGUAAAAGUGAUCCAUUUCUUAAGUUCUAUAAAAAGGUAGGUGAAGAUUGGUUACCUGUUCAUAAGACAGAAAUGAUUAAAGAUAAUUUAAAUCCUGAAUGGAAACCAUUUUAAAUUUCUUUUAGAAGAUUAUGUGGAGGAUAAUUAGGAUAGAAAUUUAAAGUAGAAUGUUGGGAUGUUCAUGAAAAAGGUACCAACAAUUAAUACAUGGGUUAUUUUGAAACUUCAAUUCAUGACAUUAUUAAUGAUAAUAAAACAGAAUUCAAUUUAGAAUUUUAAGCAAAUAAGUCUGGAGGCAAGAUAAUUCUUAAAGAGAAAAAAGUAAUAAAAAGACCUACCUUUAUGGACUUUUUAAAGGAUGGAGAAUAGAUAAAUUUAAUUAUUGGAGUAGAUUACACAGCUUAAAAUGGCAAUCCAAAUUUUCCAGAUUCAUUACAUGCUUUUAAAACUUAAAAUGGAAAUCAAUAUGAAACAGCCAUUAAAGCAUGUGCAUAAAUCCUAUUAAAUUAUGAUUAUGAUAAAAAAGUAGCUAUGUAUGGAUUUGGUGCAGUUCCCCACUUACCUAAUUAUAAUGUUAAUGAAACCGAAUAAUGGUAUUUCUUUUGAUAAUUAAAAGUUUCCCUUUGACUGGUGAUUUUAAAAAACCAGAAGUUUUUGGUUUAGAAGGAUUAGUCAAUCUAUAUAAAUAAACACUUCCUAAUUUAUAAUUUUCUGGGCCUGCUUGUUUAGGUGAAAUUUUGAAUUAUGCUAAGUAAAUAGCAGAAUUCAAUUCUAAAAAGAAGAUUUAUACUGUUCUCUUAAUUUUGACUUGUGGAUAAAUACACGAUUUACAUUAAACAACAGAGAUUAUUGCUAAAUGUAUUUUUUUAAAUAUUUAAAAUAGGUGCAAAUGUUUCAUUAUCUAUUAUUUUAGUUGGAGUAGGAGAUUUUGAUUUCAAAAAACUUGAAUUCUUAGAUUAAGAUUAGAAGUAAUUACAAAAAGAAGUCUUGACUAGAAAUGUUGUCCAAUUUGUCCCAUUUGCUCCUUAUUCUCAUAGUUUGCCCAUUUUAUAAAGAGAAUUGCUUGCAGAACUACCUCAUUAAUUGACAAACUAUAAAUCCCUUUUAGGUUUAGUACCAAGCAAAUGAUAAA